CGGCUUUCUGAAGGAGAAGACCUUUCUUCUUAUUCUCCAAUCCUUUCAUCAGUUUCGUUUGAUCAAAGAUGGGAAGAGAAUGAGGAUUAAUUUUCAUAGACGAUCGAUUAUCAUGUCUGUGAUCUCUUCAUUAUCUUUCUCCGAUUGCUCCUCCGACCUUCUCUGCGGUGAAGACGCCGGUAUAUUAGUCGGAGACUGGCCGGAAUUCUUCUCUCCAGAUCUCCAACUUCCGGCGAACAUCGAGGAGUCGAUCAUGGGGUUGGUAGAGGAAGAACAAGAUUACAUGCCUGGAUUGGACUAUCCAACUAGGUUUCGAUCUCAAGAACUCGACGCUUCCGCUCGAGAAGAAUCCAUGGCAUGGAUUCUCAAGGUGCAUGCGUUCUAUCGUUUCCAGCCUUUAACGGCUUAUCUCUCCGUCAAUUACUUGGAUCGUUUCCUCUCCUCCCGUCAUUUUCCGCAAGCAAAAGGACGAGGGUGGCCAUUACAACUGUUAUCUGUUGCAUGUUUGUCAUUGGCUGCUAAAAUGGAGGAAGCCCUUGUACCUUCACUUCUGGAUCUCCAGGUCGAAGGUGCCAAAUUCAUAUUUGAGGCCAAGACAAUCCGUAGAAUGGAGCUUCUAGUCCUGUCUGCUUUGGAUUGGAGACUCCGCUCCAUAACACCUUUCGACUUUCUCACUUUCUUCGCCUACAAAGUCGACCCAACUUCUACUUUUAUAGCUCCCCUCGUCUCACGCGCCACCAAUACUAUUCUCAUCACUAUCAGAGAGAUAAAGUUUCUAGACUACUGGCCAUCAUCGUUGGCUGCUGCAUCGAUACUGUGUGCGGCUCAUGAGAUACCAAAUCUGUCGGUUGUUGUUGCUAAUCCAGUAACUGCUGGAUCCUGGUGCGACGGACUCAACAAAGACAUGGUAAUGAGUUGCUACCGACUAAUGCAACAAGUAGUUAUCGAACACACUGAGCAGAGAAAGAUUCCAAGAGUUCUACCAAAGCUAAGAGUCACGACUCUGGCAAGGAUCAGGUCAGGAAACUCAGCUUCCUCAUCAACUUCAUCUCCAUCCAGCAAAAGGAGAAAGCUAAACACUUGCUCUUGGGUAAAAGAUGACAAGAACAACAAUCCUCACAAUUCUGACUGAAAAUGACAUUGAUGGAGAUGGGAAAAAAUCUUU